AAAGUAUAUAGUGCACUUAAAUUAAAAUCAGGCCAGAAUUACAAUAUUCCCUUUUUCCAAACUCAAUACUACAGUCCAAUAGGUGGCGCUAAUGCACUUUAAAGCGGUUUACAAACUCAUUAAACAUAAAAGAAGAAGAUGGUAGUCAUGAGAAGAAAUAACAGGAGAAAUCCAAGCAGAAAAAGCUGAACUCUGUGUGCUGUACUAUUAUAAAGAUGGAGAUUAUUAAAGUGGUGAUUGAAGACAUGAGAGAUCCAGAAACAUCCAGAAUAAAACAUGAAGAUACUGAGGAACAAAUAGACCAGACAGAAGUGAAACCGCAAAGACAAGACUUGAAUGAAGCAGAGGAAAGUCGUACCUUCACAACUCAAGGAACAAAAGCCAAAAAGCUGCACUCCUGCUCUCAGUGUGGAAAGAGUUUCACUCAAAACGGAAACCUUAACAGACACAUGAAAAUUCACACUGGAGAGAAACCGUAUCCAUGCACUCAGUGUGGAAAGAGUUUCACUCGUACAUCAGGUCUCAGUAAACAUCUUCUCUGUCACUCUGGAGAAAAAGCAUUCAACUGCGAUCAGUGUGGUAAAAAGUUCCUUUUAUCAUCACACCUAAAAUCACACCUAAAAGUUCAUUCAGAUGAGAAGCCUUAUGUGUGUUCUCUCUGUGGAAAGAGUUUUUCACGACUGAACAGUUUUAAACUGCACCAAAAAUCACAUAAUGAAGUGAGAGAUCAUGUGUGUUGUGACUGUGGGAAGAGCUUUACUACAGUUGCCCAACUGAAACGGCACCAAGUAAUUCAUAUCGGAGAAAAACCUUACAAGUGCUCAUAUUGUGACAAGAGUUUCGCUCAGUCUGGAAACCUGAAAGUACAUGAGCGAAUUCAUACUGGAGAGAAGCCGUACCAGUGCACUCAGUGUGGAGUUGGUUUUGCACAUAAGGACAAUCUGAAAAAACACACAAGAAUUCACACUGGAGAAAAGCCAUUCGCUUGCCAUCAUUGUGGAAAAAGUUUUAUACAAAAACCACAUCUUAUCAAGCACGUGUAUUCACACAAGACAAAAGCCCUAUAUGCCGACAGUGUGGAUGGAGCUUCACACUUGAAUACAAUUAAUAGAUUAUAGCCUAAUUAAUGUUAUUAUUAAUGUAUCAUUUUUAUGAAUCAUUUAUAAUAAAUAAUGUGUCUCUGGAUAUCCCUUAUUAUAUAUACGUGAAUGGAUAUCCCUUAUUUUGCCAUCCUAAUCUUUAAGUCCCCAAAUCCCAAAUCAAAAACAGCACAUUUGUUGUUUAAAGUUUUUUUUUAAGAUGAGAAAAUAAGCCAAGAUACUUCUUUGCAUAAUCUCCAUUCAA